AUGUCGAAGCGUGAAGAUCCUCCUGCAGAUGAUUGUCCCGCUGACGCUGUCGAGUUUCUGCGCGGACUACGUGAUCUGCAGUCGACGGACACCUUCUGCGACGUCGUCUUGAAAGGGAGCGACGAAUCCUGGGUCUGCAUUCCUUGUCAUCGCAGUGUGCUCAGCGUGCAGAGCCCCUAUUUUCGCGCGGUUUUUUCUCUGAAUUGGAAAGAAUCUUCUGAACCGGAAUACAAGCUGAAGCCUGAACAACAUCGACAACCGCACGUUAAAAAAUUUGCUUACACUAUGAAUCUGAGCCUGAGCGAUGACAGCGUGGUGCCCAUCUUGAUUGCGGCACAGUUUCUGCAGAUGACUCCAGCGGCCCGAAUGUGCUGGGAUUACGUGGAGAAACGCAUGUGCCUUGCCAACUGUUUGGCCGUCCACACUCUGGCUUCUCAGCACCACAAUCCCCGUCUGGGCGACGCAGCUCUGUGCAUGAUUUAUCCACACUUUCUGCGCUUUUCGCAUAGCCACGACUUUCUGCAGAUGGACGCGCAACAAUUGACUGCUCUGAUCGCGUCGGAUGACGUAGAGGUAUUCAGCGAGGAUCACGUGUUAGAUGCGGUGCUGCGCAGGUUAAAUUACGACCGUCCCGGCCGACUAGCGCACGCGCAGACUGUCCUGCACAUGGUCCGUGUUGCCUUUUCCCUCCCUGCCCCCCCUGCCACUCGCGAAUGCUGCUCACUCGCGAAUGCUGCUCACUCGCGAAUGCUGCACACUCGCGAAUGCUGCACACUCUCGAAUGCUGCUCACUCGCGAAUGCUGCUCUGA